CGUCAGUCACAUUCACCGUGUAACACGGACACUGAUCAGAGGAGAACAGAUGAGGUGAUCCGCUGAGGGCCGUGAUGAUGCUGUCGCGUGUCUUCCGGCUUCAUGGCCUGUUCGUCGCCUCUCACCCGUGGGAGGUGAUCGUGGGAACAGUCGCCGUGACGUUGUGUCUGAUGUCCAUGAACGCUUUCGUCACUAAUGACCAGAUCUGUGGCUGGAACCAUCAGUGUCCCAAAGUACAGGAGAAAAUUCAAAGCGGUGACAUGAUCAUUUUAACCAUCACACGAUGCAUGGCCAUCAUUUACAUCUACGUCCAGUUCAAAAACCUUCGUCAGCUCGGCUCCAAAUACAUACUGGGUAUCGCCGGUCUGUUUACCAUCUUCUCCAGCUUUGUGUUCAGCACUGUGGUCGUUCACUUCCUGGGUAAAGAGCUCACAGGACUGAAUGAGGCGCUGCCGUUCUUCCUGUUGCUAAUCGAUCUGUCUAAAGCCUGCACACUGGCCAAGUUCGCUCUCAGCUCAAACUCACAGGAGGAGGUCCGAGAGAAUAUCGCUCAAGGCAUGGCCAUCCUGGGACCCACGUUCACCCUGGACGCGCUCGUGGAGUGUCUGGUCAUCGGUGUGGGCACCAUGUCUGGUGUGCGCCAGCUGGAGAUCAUGUGCUGUUUCGGCUGCAUGUCGGUUCUGGCCAAUUACUUUGUGUUCCUGACGUUCUUCCCCGCCUGUGUGUCUCUGGUGUUAGAGCUGUCCCGUGAGAGCCGUGAGGGCCGGCCCAUCUGGCAGCUCAGUCAUUUCGCUCGUGUCCUGGAGGAAGAAGAGGGAAACAAACCAAACCCCGUCACUCAGAGAGUCAAAAUGAUCAUGUCUCUAGGUCUGGCUCUGGUUCACGCUCACACUCGCCUCGUGACUGAAUCUCCGACACACAACAUGAGCAGUUCAGACGUGGAUCUGCCCACACCCAACAUGGAGUCCGACAGAACCAUGUCCAGUGUGGAUUUGGAGCAGGUCAUCACGCUCUCUCUCGCUCUGUUAUUGGCGGCCAAGUACGUGUUUUUCGAGCAGGCUGAAACUGAAUCCUCCCUGUCAAUCAAAUCCCCUGUGGCCACACCCAGCUGCACUCUGACCAAUAGGAGAGCAGAAGAGGACCGCUGUCAGAGGGAGUCGGCCCCGCCCAAAGCCAUGAAGACGGUCCAGACCAAUAAAGAUGGAGAUGGACAGCACGAGGAGGAAGAAGCAGAGGAGUGUCGUGAGCUCCAGUCUCACCAGCGCCGCCCUGUGGACGAAUGUCUCGCCAUACUUAAAGACCCCAGAAGAGGAGCUCGGUUCCUGAGCAACGCUGAGGUGUCGUCAUUGGUGGAGUGCAGAGGGAUUCUGGGAUACCGUUUGGAAGCGGUGCUGGAGAGUCCCGAGAGAGGCGUGGCCGUACGCAGAGAGAUGCUCUCCUCUAAACUCUCAGACUCGUCAGCGCUGGAGAACCUGCCCUACAGACACUACGACUACUCAAAGGUGAUCGGCACUAACUGUGAGAACGUGAUUGGCUACGUGCCUGUGCCAGUGGGCGUGGCCGGACCGCUCCUAUUGGACGGGAAAGAAUUCCACGUCCCCAUGGCAACGACGGAAGGCUGUUUAGUGGCCAGCACCAACCGAGGAUGCCGAGCCGUCACACUGUCGGGCGGCGUGAGCAGUCGAGUUCUAGCGGACGGGAUGACCCGCGGGCCGGUGGUUCAGAUGCCGUCGGCGUGCCGGGCGGCCGAGGUCAAGGGUUGGCUGGAGAGUUCAGAGGGCUUCAGUGCCGUCAAACAGGCCUUCGAUCACACAAGCAGGUUUGCUCGUCUGGACCGGCUGCAGGUCAGUUUGGCCGGGAGGAACCUGUACAUCCGCUUCCAGUCUCAGACCGGAGACGCCAUGGGCAUGAACAUGCUGUCAAAGGGAACAGAAGAGGCUCUGAGCAGACUUCAGGAGCGCUAUCCUGACAUGCGUCUGUUAGCCGUCAGCGGGAACUUCUGCACCGAUAAAAAACCAGCCGCUGUCAACUGGAUCCAAGGCAGAGGAAAGUCCACAGUGUGUGAAGCCAUCGUGCCGGCUCGAGUGGUGGAAGAGGUGUUGAAGAGCAGCACAGGUGCUCUGGUGGAGCUGAACAUCAGUAAGAAUCUGGUGGGAUCAGCGAUGGCCGGAAGCAUCGGCGGAUUCAACGCUCAUGCGGCAAACAUCGUAACGGCCAUCUACAUCGCCUGCGGACAGGAUCCUGCGCAGUCGGUGGGCAGCAGUAACUGUAUUACUCUGAUGGAGUGUGUUGGGACAGAUGGAGAUGAUCUGUACAUCUCCUGCACGAUGCCCUCACUAGAGCUGGGCACUGUGGGCGGAGGAACCGGCCUGCCCGCGCAACACGCCUGUUUACAGAUGUUGGGUGUUCAGGGUGCCAGUGCUCAGUGUCCCGGUGAGAACUCCCGGACGCUGGCACGGAUCGUCUGUGGGACAGUGCUGGCCGGAGAGCUCUCACUGAUGGCUGCGCUCGCCGCGGGACACCUCGUCAAGAGUCACAUGACUCACAACAGGUCAAAAGUCAAUAUUAGAGCGACAGAACAGCAGCCCAAGGAAGCUUCAUGAAGCGUCACACCCAGAGAACUCUGGGAAGGGAGUCUGGAGCGCCUGACGUC